GAAAAAGAAGUAUUGGUUUCUGGUUUGUGUUUGGAUCUGAACAACCGGGAGACCGCUCCACAUAGAAAAGCGAAAAUAGAGAGGAGAAGGAGAAGGAGAAGAUGAAGGUCUCCUUUUUCUGAGUGGCGUGUUAACCAAAAAAUUCGAGCGUUUUAUUAUAAAAAUGACGUGUUUUCGUUGUCCUGGCGGUCGUCCUCCUCUUCCUCUUCCUGAUUUGAUUACAUUAAGUUGUCCGUCCCGACUCCCAACCCAAUUAUGGUUGAAAUUUCUCUGCAACUGUUCGAAUUAGCCCAAUACGCAUUAGAAAAUGGUGUUUAGUCGAAUUGCCAACAUCAUUUCUUCUGCAUCAAGUCGUUGGUCUAACCCUCAGGGGGGUUCCAAUCUAUCUCCCCCCAAAAUUGCCUUUGCCAACCCUGCACGGAGCAAGAACUAUCUGCGUCUGUCAUCAUCUCUCCAGGAUUUCUCGGCCUAUCGCCAGAUUGACCCUGAAGAUCCCCAUCCCAGCCUUGUCACUCAUUCCAAACCCACUGAUUCCUUACAGAGAGAAACUGCCACCUCCAGCUUCUCAAAGGAGAAAGCACUGCCAGGAGGAGGAACCCCAUCUGCGUGCAACAAGUGGGUUCGAGCCCUCAUGCUUCUGUGUUGUAUCUUGUUGUUGGGUUUUCUAAUUUAUUUGGUUUCCAUGUUCACUUAUUCUUAUUGGUCUAGAGGAGAGCCCAAGUUCUAUAUUGUGCUUGAUUGUGGAAGUACUGGAACUCGUGUUUAUGUAUAUCAAGCAUCCUAUGAUACUGAGAAAGAUGGCACUUUUCCUAUUGUCAUGAAGCCGUUAACACAAGGUCUUCAAAGAACAUCUAAUACACACAGAGGCCGUGCUUAUGAUCGCAUGGAAACUGAGCCCGGGCUUGACAAGUUGGUGCACAAUGUUUCCGGCUUGAAGGCUGCAAUAAAACCACUUAUUCGAUGGGCAGAGAAGCAAAUCCCACAAAAGGCACAUAAGACAACCUCGGUUUUCCUUUAUGCUACUGCCGGGGUUCGCAGACUUCCCACUGUUGAUUCAACGUGGCUUCUGGACAAUGCAUGGUCUAUACUCAAGAAUUCACCUUUUUUGUGCCAAAGAGACUGGGUUAAGAUUAUCAGUGGCUUGGAAGAAGCUUAUUUUGGCUGGAUAGCCCUUAACCAUCACACGGGUAUUCUGGGGGCCAAACCAAGAAAGCCAACAUAUGGUGCACUUGACUUGGGUGGUUCAUCACUGCAGGUUACAUUUGAGAGUAAUGAACAAGUGCAUAAAGAGACCAGUUUAAACCUUAGAAUUGGGGCCGUGAACCAUCAUCUCACUGCAUAUUCUCUCCCAAGCUAUGGUUUAAAUGACGCAUUUGAUAAGUCUGUAGUUCAUCUUUUUGAGAGGCUUCCAGAAGCCAGUAAGGCAGAACUAGUAAAUGGGAAGGGAAAACUUCAGCAUCCCUGCUUGCAGUCCGGUUACAAGGAGCAAUACGUUUGCUCUCAAUGUGUUUCUAAAUUCCAAGAAGGUGGAAGCCCUGUGAUUGCUAAAAAGUGGUUGGAUAAAGGAGGCAGGUCAGGGAUUUUGUUGCGGCUUAUUGGUGCUCCAAAUUGGGAUGAGUGCAGUAAACUUGCCAGAGUUGCCGUCAAUUUGUCGGAAUGGUCCAAUAUAAAUCCAGGAAUUGACUGUGACUUGCAACCUUGUUCUCUUCCCAAUGGUGUACCCCGUCCUUAUGGAAGAUUCUUUGCGAUUUCUGGAUUUUUUGUGGUUUAUCGGUUUUUCAAUUUGACGUCAGAGGCAUCACUUGAUGAUGUGUUGGAAAAGGGUCGGGAGUUUUGUGAAAGAACUUGGGAAGUUGCGAAGAACAGUGUCGCUCCUCAGCCCUUCAUUGAACAGUACUGCUUUAGGGCACCAUAUAUUGUAUUCUUGUUGAGAGAGGGAUUGCACAUCAUAGAUAAUCAAGUUAUAAUUGGGUCUGGAAGUAUUACAUGGACACUUGGGGUUGCUUUGUUGGAAGCUGGGAAGGCACUUUCAACCAGAAUGGGGCUUCACAGUUACGAAAUACUCCAGUUCAAGAUUAACCCAAUAUUUCUUAUUGCAGUUUUGUUUAUCUCUUUAAUUUUCCUCCUUUGUGCAUUAUCAUGUGUUGGCAAUUGGAUGCCAAAAUUUUUCUGGAGGCCAUGUCUCCCACUGUUUAGGACUAAUGGUGCAUCUUCUGGAUCUGUUCUGAGUAUUCCGUCUCCUUUUCGGUUCCAGCGCUGGAGUCCUAUUAGCUCUGGGGAUGGAAGAGCAAAGAUGCCUCUGAGUCCAACAAUUGCUGGUGAUGCCCAAAGGAGACCAUUUGGCUUAAGGCAUAGUCUCAACAGCAGCAGUGACAUCCAGUUAAUGGAGUCUUCCUUAUACCCAUCAACUAGCAGUAUGUCCCAUAGUUAUUCCUCUAAUAAUCUGGGCCAGAUGCAACUUGACAACAUUAGCAUGGGUUCCUUCUGGUCUCCUCACAGAUCUCAGAUGCGUCUUCAAAGCAGGCGAUCACAAUCUCGGGAAGACCUGAAUUCUUCGCUGGCUGAGGCACACAUGGUGAAAAUUUAAGGGAUGUUCGUCUACAUAUUUCGGCACCAUGUAACGAUCUUGCAUUUCUGUGUGGUCUCUCCUGUGAUUGUGAAAUUACUCCUUGUGCCUGGGUUGGUGAGAUCCCCUGAGCAUUAUCACACGAGGCGUCUGCCUGAUAUGAUCAGACAUCCAACAAUCAUAAGUUUUCAACCCCACACAUAUAAAGUAUCGGAGUCUCUUGUUGAAUUUUGCGGCCAAUUAACACAGAAUUUUCCUCCUGCAUGGGUUAGUAAAUGUUGACAUCAAAUUGAUGAAAGAUGAUUUACAAUUUAGAGGCAGCAAUUAUAGUAACAUAUUCAGCCGUCUCUUAUACAUGCACUUGCUGCUUUUUUUUUCUCUCUUUUGCCUUAUGGACUGUAGAAAUGGGAAAUGGAGUUAUAGUGCACCGCACCAAUAGCCAGUUAGUUACAUCCA